GCGGGGCCGCGGCGCAGAGCUGGCAGCGGCCGGGCGCUCGGACGGCUCCUCCUCUCCCUGCUCCUCCCGCGCCUGCAGCCUGCGCUCGGGCUCGCGCUCCCGCACGCCCCCCGGCCCGCCGCGUCGCGCUGCGCCCCGUCCCGCCGCCGGCCGCUCGGAGGCCAGCGCGCCCCCCGCGACCGACCUCCCCCCACGCACGUCGCCAAAGUUGCGCGGCGCGGCCGGACGCGAGCGCUCGGCGCCGGCGACCCCGCGGGCAGCGCGCACGGAACUUUGCAGGCGCGAGCAGCGGCAACGGCGGCCCCUGCGAUGACUCCCUGGCUCGGGCUCGUGGUGCUCCUGGGCAGCUGGAGCCUGGGCGACUGGGGCGCCGAGGCGUGCACAUGCUCGCCCAGCCACCCCCAGGACGCCUUCUGCAACUCUGACAUCGUGAUCCGGGCCAAGGUGGUGGGGAAGAAGCUGGUGAAGGAGGGACCCUUCGGCACGAUGGUCUACACCAUCAAACAGAUGAAGAUGUACCGAGGCUUCACCAAGAUGCCCCACGUGCAGUACAUCCACACGGAAGCUUCCGAGAGCCUCUGUGGCCUGAAGCUGGAGGUGAACAAGUACCAGUACCUGCUCACAGGUCGUGUCUAUGAUGGGAAGAUGUACACGGGCCUGUGUAACUUUGUCGAGAGAUGGGACCAGCUCACCCUCUCGCAGCGCAAGGGGCUAAACUACCGCUACCACCUGGGCUGUAACUGCAAGAUCAAGUCCUGCUACUACCUGCCCUGCUUCGUGACCUCCAAAAACGAGUGUCUCUGGACCGACAUGCUGUCCAAUUUCGGCUACCCGGGCUACCAGUCCAAGCACUACGCCUGCAUCCGGCAGAAGGGUGGUUACUGCAGCUGGUACCGAGGAUGGGCGCCCCCAGACAAAAGCACCAUCAACGCCACCGACCCCUGAGCACCAGACCCCGCCCCGCCUCACUUCCCUCCCUUCCUGCUGAGCUUCCCUCGGACACUAACUCUUCCCAGAUGAUGACAAUGAAAAUUAGUGCCUGUUUCCUUGCAAAUUUCGCACUUCGAACACUUAAAGAAAAGUCUGUGCUGUCAUAUGGAGUUGAUUUGGAACCGCUCUCCUGGCCCUAUGUUGAUCCCUCCUUUUAUUGGUUUGCACAUCCAUCCCCCGCGCCCCGACCACCGCCAUUUCCACCUGGGAAUUUGUGGUGUCAGGCCAGAAAGAAUGAGGGGUGUACCCUCCUCUUCUUCAUGAUACUAUAAUCUCUAUUUUUUAAGACAACAAAACAUUGAAAAACCAUGCCCCCCCACCCACUUCCAGGCAUUGAUUGUUCAUGCCUACCUUUCCCUCCCCACCUCACCAUCUCCCAGAGCUUCCUUGGGUUUGUCCCUCUCCAUCUCCCUCUUUCCACCCCACCCCAGCACGUGAAGGAUGCAGACAAGGAAGAAGCCCAAAGGCCACUGUUUCAGGGUCAGUCCAGGGGAGCCACCAGAUUGAGGCGAGAUGCACGGAGGACUGUCCACACGGAGAAGAUGCUACCGCAUGUCCCCACCGACUGUGUCUCUCUGUGUCUGCACGCUAGGGAAAGGGAAGGGCAGGAGACGCUGACCUGAGAUGAGGCGGCACACACAGAUUCCCCGGCCCGGUGAGGCUUGGGUUGACCAGAAGUUUCUGGAGCGACGCAUCCAGACUGACAGAACUUUCUUAGUCAGUAAAGACGUUUAAACAUCUGCCUGAGGUCAGAAGGCAAGUUGCUUGCCAUGAGCUCAGGCGAGAGACGAGAUUAGCCUCUUUCCUCACCCCACUGCUCACUACAUAUCCUCUGUGGGGGAUUUGGGCAGGGACUUGUCUUCCUGUAAAUUGGAGACAUGCCCCCCCACCACCACCCACCACCCACCAUCCACCGAUAUAGCCAAGUAGAUUUGGGUAGAGAAUACUAUUUCCAGAGUAGCCGUUAGCUCACCUAGGAGGAUGUGUCUUCAUACACAUUUGCAUAUACCUACACGGGGACAUAAGCUAAUUUUUUUUUUACAGGACACAGAAUUCUGUUCAAUGCUGUUAAAUAUGCCAAUAGUUUCAUUUCUUCUAUUUUGUUGUCAUUGCUUGUUGGAAGAAAAUCAUGACAUUCCAAGUUGACUUUUUUUUUUUCCAUUUUAAUCAAAAUUUGAGAUUCUGAGCACCCUCAGCUGUGGGGGUUCUCUCCCCUAUUUCUUUUUCUCCUGCUUCAUUGGGGGGCCUUCAUUGAUUUGGCCUUCGUGGUGAUUUGAGAUGAGAGGGAGCUAGGGACAGAGCGGCCGGCCCCCUUCUCUGGGCUUGGGGCUGGGGGGAAGGCUGGCUCCCCCAGCUCACCAAAGGGUGAGCCCCACCUACUGAUGCUCUGUGCUCAUGGAAUUAAAACUGAGGGGACAAAGGAGACCCUGACUUUGCCAUCAAUUAGCAGAAACAUUCUGUUGUGUAUGUGGGUUGUUUUUUUUCAGGGGUGCAGUGUGGACCGAGACUAUAAUAUAAAUAUCCCGAGUCAAUAAAAUUCUUUUCCGUGUUAGUGUUGACAGUGAGGCGGUGUGAGGAGAUGAGCACGUCUCUUCUUCGGAGCCAGGGCUGGCAGUCAGGUAGUGUUAGAACACAACAGCUCACUUUUUUUUUUUUUUCAUAUUCUGGGUCUUUUACCCUCUGCCCCCAUUUGUAACUUCAGUUCAUUCCACUUUAGGCAACUGAGCUGCCAACUGAGACAGAACAGAAAAGAAAAACAAAAAAAACUAAAAGCAGCAGCAGCCAUCACGCUGCAGUGCCUGGCACGCACAGAGGCAGAGGCCGGCCGGGGGGCUGGGUAGGCCCUGGAAGGCAGGGCAGGCCGAGGAGGGGUCUCCCCAGGCCGGCUCCUGUAACCUUCCCCUUUUCACCUUAGGGUCCUGGCCUCAGCCAGGCCGGAGACCAGAGGCCCGACCCCUGCACGGGGACAGCGUGACACCCGGCCGCUGAGAUGGACGGGCUGAGGGGGACGCUUGAUGUUCGGAGAUUUUCUUUCUCUCAACCUCCAAGUCUUGCCAGUGGAACCCCUGACCCUCCCCCCCUCCAAGUGCCCUCCUGCCACUGGACUUCAGCGUCUCCCCUUUCUUCCUCCCCAUGGGGUCACUGCCACUCACAUGUGAAGGGAUCUGGCGGUGUGUGUAUGUGGGGGGGUGUCCGUGUGUGAGCCACCUCCGGGGGGGUCCCCGCAGAAUGACAAAGUGUGGUGGGGGGAGAGCUACUGUCCUGUCUGCCUGGCCCGGGCAAGGAGAACAACGGCGGGUCCUGGGCAGAGAAAGGUCCUUGGGAGAGUGACGCUGUCCGAGGGCGGUUUUUGAGCUUUCUAUAAGCUAUAGCUUUGUUUAUUUCACCUGUUCACUUACUGUAUAAUUUAAAGUCAUUUAUGUAGCUGAGGCACUUCCGUAUUUCAAUCAUAUCGUGAAUGUUUUAUUUUGCUAAAUCUUGUGUCAUGUGUAGGCUGUUCUAUGUGUACAUUGUGCUUAAGAGAACAACAACAACAACAACAACAACAACAACACGAAACCCCAUGCCACCAUGUUCCUGGCUCAAAUUCUACCGUGGAAUGGAGGGUGACACACUUCUACCGUGCAGGCAGCAGUUAGACUGGCAAAGGGAAGCGGGGGGCGGGCGGGCAGGGGUGCCUGCUCCGGAGACUCCCCCGGGCCGCUCCCUGGCAGCUUCCCCGGGGCAGGAAGAAGGAGGGCUGUAAGAGCAAGACUUUGGGCCAGGCAGAACUUUGGGCCCCCUGCCUGUCCCCCCUCAGAUCUUCCUCCUUAUGCUUCUGCCCGGCACCCCGCUGGGAGGCCCUGGUUUCCCCUAAACAUCCAGGGUCGUGGGAACUAAGAUUUUUUUUUGGAGGGUUCCUCUGGGAACAGUGCUCCUGGGCCCUCUGCCUCUGUAGCGAGGGCUCCCUGGGGCUGGAGCAGGUGAUCCCUUCGCCUUCCUCCAUCCAGACCCAGCCUCAGAUCCACAUCUUGAAAGACAUCGUAGCCCACCGCCCCCAUGGUUCUCCAGCAACUCAAGACACAGCAUUUCUUGCCAUGGUGCAGGUAGCGCCCCAACCCCUAACCUUCCCGGGAGCCUGUCCACUCCCUGGCCCAGCCCUUUAAUUGGACUUUGAGGCUUCCCCAGUGACCCUGAGGGGACAUACCCAUGCCGAGAUCCACGACUCAGUGUCUUACAAAAGAUGAACGCUUUCAUUGGCUCCAGGCAAAAGCCAAACAACACAAGGGGAGCGGGUAGGGGGCACGACGGAGCACCUCCCCAAGGGGCUCUUGGGAGCAGGAGGUGGGGAGAACAUGGAGACGGAUGCGAGCCCCGAGGGGAAGGUACCGGGGACUCUCCUGGGUUCCCGCCUUUCCCCUAGCCAGUCUGCUGCCCUGAGACCCCAGAAGUGAUGGAGAGAAACCAACCAGAGGAAACCCUGUCUGGAAGGAAUGUAUUUGUUGCUAAAUUUUGUAGCACUGUUUACAGUUUUCCUCCAUGUUAUUUAUGAAUUUUAUAUUCCGUGAAUGUAUAUUGUCUUGUAAUGUUGCAUAAUGUUCACUUUUUAUAGUGUGUCCUUUAUUCUAAACAGUAAAGUGAUUUUAUUUCUAUCACA